UUGGUGGUGCCAUGCCAUUGCUUUCUAAAGAACCUGCUGCAGCCACAAAAAAUCACCGGCUAAACCAAGGAAAGAUGCCUCAUAACCCUUUGGAUUCCAGCGCUCCUUUGGUAAAGAAAGGGAAACAGAGAGAAGUCCCUAAAGCCAAGAGACCAACACCUCUUAAAAAGAUUAUUCUGAAAGAAAGAGAACAACGAAAACAGCAACACCUCUUAGAACAGACAGCAGUACCAAAAGAUGAAGGUAAUAUUUGUCAGUCUGCAGAAAAUAUUACUGAAGAUGAAACACUUCUACAGGAUAGUCAAGCAGCUGUUCACGUAACGCAAGUUGCUGAAGAGUUUGUGGAGAACACAGGGAUUAAGGAAUCUACAGAAGGUUCCAUGACUUCAAAGCAGCUGACCUCCAAUCUUCCAAAAAUCCAUAGUAGGAAUUUUCGAGAUUACUGCAGCCAGGUACUCAGUAAAGAAGUUGACAGUUGUGUGACAGAUCUCUUAAAAGAACUGGUUCGUUUCCAAGAUCGCUUGUAUCAGAAAGACCCAGUAAAGGCCAAGAUAAAACGCAGGCUUGUUAUGGGUCUUAGAGAAGUUUUGAAACAUCUGAAGCUGAAAAAACUGAAGUGUGUCAUCAUAUCUCCUAACUGUGAAAAGAUUCAGUCAAAGGGUGGGUUGGAUGAGACUCUACACAACAUUAUCGACUGUGCCUGUGAGCAGAAUAUCCCGUUUGUUUUUGCCCUUAAUCGCAAGGCCCUAGGCCGCUGCGUGAACAAAGCAGUGCCUGUGAGUGUGGUGGGAAUUUUUAGCUACGAUGGGGCUCAGGACCAUUUUCAUAGAAUGGUACAACUGACAACAGAGGCCAGGAAGGCCUACAAAGAUAUGAUAGCAGCUUUAGAGGAAGAAGCUGAAGGAGGACUAAGAGAAACCCAACCUGGCGUCUUAACCACUGAAUGUGAAAAAUACGGCGUAUCAGAAACUGGUAAAACAUCUUCCAAGGACCCUGAUGAGGAUGUACCAAAUUAUAUUGAAAUCUGGAAGAGAAAACUUGAAGAAGAGUAUAACCCAUAUGCACUGGAACUGGAAAAGAGUGCAACUGCGGACAUGGUGAUAGUGAAUUUGGAGGAGCAUCAGUAA